AUGCCUAAACGGAUCUCUAUAACGUUCGAAAGCUUUGACGCGUGGCAGAAUACUCAAGAAGAAGUUAAUAGCAUACUUCGAGAAUUGACUGGAACCGACGACUACCCCUCAACUAUGAGCAUUCCUCCACUGAUAAUGGUCACUGAUGAGCUCGAUGAAGACGAUAUUGAAAGAGUGCGUUACCUUGACGGAGUGAUCGUGGAUGUGGAGGAAGACGAGGAUAAUUAA